ACGAUCUAAGAGACCAUUUGGUUUUAUUGAUAAAAUUCAUGAGGAUACAUUGAGAACUUAUCGUGCAACUGAAAAUUUGAAAUUCUUUGCGGCAUUUGAUAUAAAAUUUGAUGAAUUUAAUGUAGCAGAGAUUGUUAAAUUAACUGACAAUGGAAAAACUCAACUGGAAAAAGCUUUAGAAAUAUUUUGUGAGAAAGCAAUGCAAGAACUUAUAUCAACUGGUUUACAUCGUCAAAUUCCUUUAUCAAGAGCUUCUUCAAUGUACAUGCAAGAUGUCUUUUCAAAUUCCCAAAUACAACUUCUUCAACGAGUUGCCACAAAUUCUAAUGCUGGCAAUAUCUUAUCAGAUCCUACAAAUUUAGCUGCAGCUAUCUUUUAA